AUGGGACGGCAGUGGUCCGCCGGCAAGCUCGUUCUGAUCUUGGACGCAGUACAUUGGAAUCCUGAAGCACCACCACGAACGCUACCGCGCGUCCACCUGCGGUGCGGUAAGGCACCACCCUCUUGUGCCAGCAGCCAACUCCGGCGUAUCAAUGAAGAAGGGAGACGUAAGUGGAUUCUUCCGAAGAACCGGAAGCGAAGCGCUAUGCCGGGGCGGGGGGACGGGAAAAGAAAGGGCUCCGAAGAAAGAAAUUGGGGUUCCCAAUGCUUCUCCACGCUCAACGAGAUGCGCCACCCUCGGGAUGCUUUACUCCUAACCCCACAAGGUUCCGAGACGGAGCUUAACCUGAGUCUCGGUUAA